AUGAGCGACGACUCCUCUUACAACAAAAAGUAUGACCCCGACAUGCCGGUGAUACGAUGGCGCCAGCGCAUGGAGUUGGCGACUGUCUGCGUCGCCAACGCCAUCUCGCUUUGUGUAAUGAUCACUCGCAUCAUUGUGCAGCGGAAGAGGUUCAAACGCUUUCGCAAGGUUGAAUGGCAAACAAUCAUCGCCACGGUUCUCCUCGUGUUUCCGCUAUGGACAUCGCAAGUCUUGACGAACCACUACGGCAGUGGGUUGCAUGUGCAGAAUGUUCCGCCCGAAUACGCGAUUCCUUUCUGGAACUGGAGCCUUGGGUGGAUGUCCUAUUACAUCGUUGUAUCCAUGGUCAAGGUCUCCGUGUGUUACAGUCUUCUCGAGAUCCUGCCGCACACUUUUCGGACGUUCCGCCGACUUGUCCACCUUCUCUGCGUUGUCAUCAUGGGCUUGGGAAUUGCUGAAGCGCUAGUAUGGACGUUUCAGUGCGAGCCUUUCAUGAGCAAUUUCGAUUACAACGUUGAGUCUACAUGGUGUGCGAAUAUCGACGCCGCGCGAUUCUCGUGGGCCGGAAUCGGAAUUGGCAUCGACUGCAUUCUCACCUGGAUACCGAUCGCAAUCCUGCAGCGCACAAGGGCUGCCGGAUGCUACGGUAUCUGGCUCAACCGCGAGGCUCAAGCUGUCAAUGACCUUACAUGGACCGAAAGCAUUUAUAUCAUGUUCAACUCGAUUGAAAUCACGCUUUACACGGUCGGUGGCUCGCUGACGGUCUUUUCGCGCUAUUUCAUCAGCAGGGCCGCCGCGUACUCUUCAGGCGCCCGCACCGAUCACUCUCAUUCAAACAGCUUCUCAAUUUUCUCAAAGGUUUCGAAUCGGAUGCGAAAAAUGUCGGUGCACACUGUGACGGAUUCUCAACUCAACAGGGAGGAGCCGGAGCCUUUCAACAUCAAUGCCACCGCGCCACUGCCACAGUGGGAUAUUGAUGGCUAUGAGCUGCAGCAGCCGCUGCCCCCGCCGCCGAUGACCGCCAUGACUGCGUUGCACGACCCGGAAGCCAGCAAAUGGCACACUUGGGAGACGAGCUAUGGAGUGCCUGCGAGCCGCGAGACAACAACCACCGAUUUGCCGUCGAUCGAGCACAUGGGCGUCCUCCCCGACGUGGACGAUACGCCGCCGAGAACGAGAGAACCUAGCACGACGAGACAGCCGCAAGUCGAGCAGCAAGCCAGCACCGCGUGGUACAAUAGCGAGCACAGCAGCGAGGAGGAGCAACCACCGGCAUCUCCGCAGUUCUUCACAGGCAUGCACCGCCCAUCAGGUUCAAGGCACGACAGCCCGCAACAACCACGGAAGUUCCAUCUACCGUUCAGCCAGUCGCAAGAUCCUAUCAUCUACGAGUACGACCGAUCCUGA